CCAAUUCUCCCAGCUGCUUAUAACUCAAAGCACCCACAUCUUAUCCUUAGUUUUCUAGCACCUUUAGCCUUUCCUUGUGUUGUAACUUGAGAAGACUUUGUGUGGAGCUAAAGAAAGAAGCCCCUGCCUCUCGUCUGGCUGUCCCUUUCAUCCCUCUGCUGCUUAGAAAAGGCAGACAACUAAAGAGACUGGCAGUCCUUCUCUAUUAAACAUAAUGAAGACAGUCUGCAUUUGAAAGUGAAGAUCUGCUUAAACACUAACUUACGUUUUAGAAAUUCAUAGAUGCUUUGUUACGAGUAGGUUCCGAUGUUACAGAUGUCGAAAAAAAUAAGGUUCUUCUUGCUUUUACUGUGAUGAACAGCUUAUGACAGUCUGACUACAGAGUAUUUUGGAGUUGUAUGGUGACAUUCAUCUCUUGCUAUUCUUAUGGAUCCACACAGGAUUAUGCUACUUUUUCUAUGUUUCUUACAUAUCUGCAUUUGUUCGAUUACACUUGGAGAAAGCAGCAAGAAUCUCAGUCCUUCUCCAGUUCAGCCAACAGAAUCGUAUACAAGUUCAGAAGAUAAAACACUGGAAGAAGAAUCUGAGAACCAAGAGAACAUUUUGUCUCAGUUGUUGGGUGAUUAUGACAAAGUUAAAGCCAUAUCAGAGGGAUCCAACUGUAAGUGCAAGUGUGUUGUAAAGCCAUUAAAUAGAGACUCAUGUGAAAGAAGCAGAAAUGGUUAUUCCCAGCCAGAUGACUUCUACACUGUGGAGACUAUAACAUCAGGUCCAGACUGCAAGUGUGCAUGCAUAGCCCCACCAUCUGCCUUAAAUCCAUGCGAAGGAGACUUUCGGCUAAAAAAGCUUAGAGAAACCGAGAAAAAUGGCUUCAAGCUCUCAACUAUUAUAGAAAUGCUAGAAGGGGCCUUCUAUGGGCUAGAUCUACUAAAGCUGCAUACUGUCACCACGAAAAUUGUUGGCCGAGUUGAGAAACUUGAGGAGGUAAUUUCUAAGAGGAUCAAAACAAAGCAAGAGGAAAUUAAAGACAGUGUGGAUGAAUCCAUAACUGAGAAGAAUAAGAAAGCAAAGCAAAAUAUUACUCUAGAUGAGAACCUCAGCAACCUUGGCAAAAUUCUACAGAGAGAUGUAGCUGCAGUCUUCAGUUCCACACAUGACAAGUAUGAAGAACAAUUUCUUAGAGAUGAACAGGCAAAUUUUAUAAGUCCUAAACCACAUCCAGAACCACCACAACAAGUACAAAGGAGUCCACUCUCUCAAAGGCAAAUUCAUGUUAGACCAAAGCCAGCACCAAAGCCUGUUAUCCGUGGAGUAACAUUUUACAAAGCCAAAGAUACAGAAAGUGAUUUAGAUGACCAACUGACAGAAGAUGAGUCAUACAGUGGAGAUAAUACCAUUGACAUGUUGAUUGAAGAUCAACUCAUAAAGCAUGAGCUCCAGCAUGUCAGUACCACAGAGGAUCUCAUUCCAACAAAAGAAUCAUUGACCUCAAAUUUUAUGGAAGGACAUACACAACGAUCUGACUUGUCUAAUAAGGAUAUUUUUAUAUCAUCUGUUGCAAAGUUACUGGACACUGUCUCAACAUCAACAAUGCAAACUGUUUCUUUGCAACAAAUAACUACAGAACAAUCUACAACAGUACAAACACAGAGUGAAAACACAGAGGCUGACACAACUGUAAUCACAACACAAGCUAAAGAAUCAUCAGUAGUCAUACAAAUUCCGCCAACUAUAUCCAACUCUGUUCACAUAAGCAAAGCAACCCCAAUGGGUUCAGAUGCUCAAACGACAAGCUAUAAACCAUGGAAGACUAAUAAAAUGAUUAAAGCCAGCACUGACAGUAACAAAGGCACAGAAGAUGAUUUCCAGAAAGUUAUAGGACGAUGCAAAGAUACUCUAUCUACUAUCUCUGGUCCCACAACUAAAAACACCUAUGGACGUAAUGAAGGAGCUUGGAUGAAGGAUCCACUGGCUAAGGAUGAAAAAAUUUAUGUAACUAACUACUAUUAUGGAAACACUUUAGUGGAAUUUCGAAAUCUGGAUAACUUUAAACAAGGUCGUUGGAGCAAUUCCUACAAGCUACCUUAUAGUUGGAUUGGUACAGGAAAUGUUGUAUAUAAUGGAUCCUUCUACUAUAAUAGGGCAUUUACUCGAAAUAUCAUAAAAUAUGAUUUAAAACACCGCUAUGUGGCAGCUUGGUCCAUGCUCCACAAUGUGGUUUUUGAAGAGGCCACUCCGUGGAGAUGGAAAGGUCACUCAGAUAUAGACUUUGCUGUGGAUGAGAAUGGUUUAUGGAUCAUCUAUCCAGCUACUGAUGAUGAAGGAUUCCUGCAAGAAGUAAUAGUCCUGAGCAAACUGAAUGCUCAGGACCUUACAACUCAGAAAGAGACAACAUUUCGGACUGGAUUAAGAAAGGAUUUCUUUGGUAACUGUUUUGUUAUCUGUGGUGUGCUGUAUGCUGUGGAUAACUAUAAUAAGAAAACUGCCAAUAUAUCUUAUGCUUUUGACACUCAUACAAACACUCAGAUUGUUCCAAGACUGCUUUUUGAAAAUGAAUAUUCUUAUACAACACAAAUUGAUUACAAUCCAAAGGAUCGCCUGUUAUAUGCUUGGGACAAUGGACAUCAAGUCACCUAUCAGGUGAUAUUUGCAUACUAAAGCUAACUUCCUACUUUUCUCAAGUAAUAGCAGGCAUUUCACAGUACAAAUGAUUCUCUAUUAGCAACAAAAUGUUGAAAUUUUACACCUGUACACUUGAACCAUCAAUGGGGCAGAUUUACAGCUGAAUUGCACCACAUUCAUUAAUCAUUUUCCGCAGGAUUUAUUGCCUCAUUUAACAGGGGGGGGGUG